AUGCGUUGCCUUUGUGUUCAGAACACGUAGAGAAGCGCUACACUGCUGUUGUGUACGGUGACUGACUGACCAUUUUUCAGAUCCGCCUGUCUUGGCCAUCCAUCCGGUUAGGCGUAGUGUGUUGUGUAGCUAUCGUGACUCGCCAAGCAUAUAAGUGUGGCGCUAUACUGACCGUCAAUCGCGUGAGUGAUAUUGGAGCAAGCAAGUGACAGCAAUUGGCAGGUCUGCUAAAGCAAACACACCCCGCGAACGGUCGGUGGAAGUAAUUUCACCCCUUUUUUGUUUCGCCGAAUUCGCCCAUCAAGUCGCCGCUGUGUCGAACAAAGGGAAUGAAGGGGAUGAGUUGAGGUGAAUGAAAAAAACCAUCACCACUACCAUCACCACAACAACAACAACAACAACAACGGGCUGAAGAGUCUGUUGUCUGCGCGGAGUUUGGCGGUGCAUUUGAUGUUUAGCCGUCGCAGCUUGCUGUGUUUUUUUGUGUAGUGUAGUGUGUGUGAGCGCAUUUUUUUGGAAGGGUGACUAAUUCCAAGAGUGCAGUAAUUUCAUCCAGUGAAUUGUGUGAAGUGGGGGUUUUUGCACCGUGGAAGGGAGCAUAGAGUGCGAGUGUUUGUGUAUCUCCUUCUGCCCUGUCGUUCUGCCUGUGUUCGAAGGAAGUGUGCAAAGAAUGGCGCAAGCAAGCAAUAAAUAAUAACACAAAAUAACCAGCACAGACACACUGUACCCCUCCAGUUUUGGUUUCGGCUAGGCGGGAAGCAUCCCCCAAUUGUUGCGGUUGUGUCCCACCCCGCUGUCUGCACAUUUAAUGCGACACCGCCACCGAACACGUGAAUAGAGUACGAGUCACAAGCCGCGCAGUGUGCGAGCGUGGUUCAAAACGCGACAGGGGAAAAGAAAAGAAUAAAUCGCACCCGUUCAUCGAAAUGGUGUAAAAAAAAACGCUCCCCUCGUAAAAAAAAAAAAACAAGGAAAGAGCAUUGUGUAUCGUGUUCCUCUGUCCUCUCGCUCCCUCCUUCUGGGUGGUUGCGCGUUUCGGUGCGGCCAUUUGCGAAAAGUGUGCGUUUUUAGUUCCGAGAAUUUUGUGCACCACUUUAUGCCAUCCCCAUCGUUUCGCAUAAAGGGGGAACGUUGUGUUGCUGCAGUGGCCUGUGUGUGUGCGAGCUUGGAGUGUUUCGGGGUUUUACGGGAGGGGUUGUGUGUUUAUUUUCUGCGCUUUGGCGACUUGAGACGGCAAGCAGCUCGAGCAGCAGUGCCCUUAGCAUCGUUGGAAAAGCGUGUGACUACGACGACUUGCGUGUAUUUGUGUGUGUGUGUGCGUUUGUGCGGCUAUAAUCUUCCAUCUGGCGAAGGUUGUUAAUCUCGCGCGACGCAGAGGUUGGAUUUCCCCGAAAAGGUAGCAAUUUUCGCUUCUUCGAAAAGGCGUAUCCCCCGGACACCAAACUCGGCGACAGUCACACAGCUCGCAAGAGCACCCCUCGUCCCGGUUGCGGCACAUUAGUUAGUCCUAGCCCUGCCCCGACAAUGCCACUGUCCGUGACGACGAAAGUACCGUCCGCCGGCGAGGAGACGUGUAGUAGGGUCGACCGGUUGCUAGCGGAACCACCAUCGCCAGCGGAUUCGCGGACGGAAUCGCCGGCCCCGCCACUGUCACCCGGUCCGAACUCGGGCCAACCACCGCCGCUAGCACAGCCACUGCAAACCCAGGCCGCCCCAGGUGUUGGUGGCAUACUUUCGACCGUGUCUAACUUCUCCGUGAUAAACUAUGUCGGUAAAAUUCAAAAGCAAUCAUCCUACAAAUCAUCCACCGGCCGGUGCCGAACGCCCUACGAUAGGUCUAGCAGCUAUCGGACCGGUUCGGGGGUGGUUUGUCGCAUCACGGAACCGCCGAUGGACGAUACGACCAACUCGUCCACCUUUUCCUCGCUGGAGUAUGGAUGCAGCAGCGGCGGCGGUGGCAGCAGCAGCAGCAGCAGCACGACCAGCAGCAACCACAGCACAGGGAUCGGCUGUGACACCAGCCCCGAAUGCAGCGACCAGCUGGACAGCAUCGACACGACGGAGGACGGCAGCACGUCCGGGCCACGGUUGCGCAGCCGCCGGUCGAUGAGCGUUUCGUCGAGCGGAUGUUCCAGCUCGAUGGACGAUCGAAACUUUGACUUUUCACCCCUGGGAAGCAUCAUCAGCUGUCGGUGCAACUCGUACAGCAUGUCCGACUUCGAUGAUGAUGGUUUCCGAGAGGAUAGUAGCGUAUCGUCGGCGCACGGUGGCGGUGCCCUUUCCGGCUCCCGAUCGUACCAGUCGCAUCAUCCGCUGCAUCACCACCACCAGAACGUACCGCACCAUCCGCGCAAUCACAAGGGUCUGUUCGAUAUUGCGCUGAAAACGGUCAAGCUGAUCCGGCGCAACCAGGAGCUGCAGGUGCGGCUGGCCCAGCUGCAGGAGGAAACGAGCGCGUUCAUCGACUCGGUUAUGGCGAACCCGGAGAACGAAUCGCUGCGGUCCCAUUUCUACAGCAGCAAACGCGUCCCGACGCUACCGCUGACGGUGCAGAAGUGAACGGGAUACCGGGGAAGGUCCGGUGCGCUUUGCGAGGGGGCUCGUCGUUCGCUUCGAACCACAAAAACGCCACAAACAGGACGAAACGGCCCCAGUCCCAGUCGAUUAUGCACAGUGUGGAAGCGGUACCGGCGGUCGGUUGAUUCGAGCUGCUGCUAGCUUAAGUUACGUUAACGUUAAGAAGUUCUCAUCCCGCAUCAUCUUCAUAGUGGAAAUCUCUUCCCGAGCGCCACAGGAGGGAAAAGAUCGAAUAUUUGUUUUUUCUUAAUUUAUUGCCAAACUGGCUGGGCACUAAACGUGAGACCCAUCGUUUCGCUUUUCAUUUCAUCCUUGAUUAGUUGUCGUACAUAUAUGUAGGACCAUAGGCUGCGUUAUUCGUACGUGUAAAACUUCUGCAAAUCUAAACAUUAGACUGUGUGUACUUUGACCCGUAAUACCGACACAAACGGAAGCGGAAAGACGGAGAACAGUGGGUCAAUCAAUAUAACAGUGCUAAGCCACUAUUUCAAUAAGCAAUCAGUUAAUCGUGAGAUAUAAGCAUAGUAAGUAGGAAAGCUUUUGCUGCAUUUGUGUGUGUGUGUCGACCGGGGACGGAUGUCGUCGUCGUUUGCCGACUAAGAAGAAGGAUAAGGGAAGGCUUAUAUUGCCAGUGUUAGGCUUCGGUUUGCCACGUUCUGUAUGUGCUCGUUUAGUGUAGUUACUCGAUGGAAUCGAUAGACAGUGAUAAGAUACGUAAGAGAGAACGUAUAUUCUCAGUGAACGGGGGAAAAGGGAGAAAAACAGCAACAAUCAAGUAUAAGGGCACACACACAUACACAUACGCCAAAUUAAAGAAGUACGCAUUGUUUCGUUAUCGACAUUUAAUUAUUGUGAUUAUCAUUUUUUCCAUCAAAGAGGAGUAGUAAUGAGCGGCAUCUUUGCUGAUCUAGGCGUAGCAGUUGUUAGAAUUCGCGCACAGUAUCUCAAAGCUGCCAACUGUAAGAUUCUUUUGCGUCUAUCAAUCGGAAUCAAAAUCCAGUUAACUUAUUACUUAUUGCCUAACAAGGUGAUGUUGUGAUCCUUUUUGACACACCGAUGAAACGUACUGAGGGUACGCUAAACAGUAAAUGCUGAAAACAUUCUUAUUCUCGCUCUCCGAGGAUGAUGGGACGAGUGUGUAGUUUUAAAGUUCGAGUUUAUGUUUGAGCUUAUCAUAUGUGUGUGUGUGUGAGCGUUAUUGGCCAGAACAAUCUCAAUCAUAUUUAUAAAUGCUAAUAGGUAAGAGAUGUGUAGCGUUUAGCAGAAGAUGAUCACAAAACGAUGGUAAUCCAUUACAUUAAUCCAUCGCAUGGUUGGAUGAAAUUCAGCCUCACAUUCGCACGCGAGCGAAUCAGAAGCAAGCGAGAAAGGGCGAGAUGGAAGAAAAACUCCAAGUGGUAUUUAUAUUUAACUAACGAAGGCUAAGCAAAGAAAAGCGAAAAUAGAUGAAAAACUGUUUUUUCAUUCUUUACCUAA